AUGAAUUAUAUUGAUUAAGGUUCUGCACUGUCUAGAAAAGUGCCUAAUAGAAAAUUAUCAAAAAAGAAUUCUUUAUUUUAUUAGGUAUGAACAUAGCAUUUUACACAAUUAGUAAUCAGUAUUGGAGAAUGAAGAGUUUCUGUAAAAGUACGAGAAGAAUGUUGAUUAAUUGCAGACAGUAAUUGAAGAGCCUGAAUUGAAAGAAGUAAUACAGAGCAGAAAUGAGAAGUUCUUUUAGCUUUUAGAAUAGAUCAUCAAGGUUGAAUCAUCAAUCAAGGACUUUGCUAAAGGGUAAUUGACUUGCAUUUUACAUAGAUAUCAAAAGUUUGGGUUUAUAGUAUCAGACAAUGGAAUCACUUAUAGAGAAUGGGCCCCGAAUGCUCAAGAGUUGAAAUUGAAUGAGUACAGCUGCACAACUGACAAUGGUGGCAACUGGGAAGUUUUUAUACCAAAGGAUGACGACGACAAUCAUUAAAUAGUGCAUGGAAGCACAUUAACGACAUAUUGCAAUGAUUUAUAGAGAGCAUCAGUUUGGACCUAAGUAAAAAAUGGAGAAUAAGCUAUAUUUUGGAAUCCUGAAAACAAAUAUGAAUUCCAAUAAAACUAAUUAUAAUAAAAACAAUAAAGCAGAGGAUUGAAAAUUAUCAAACAAAACAUCAAUGAACUUCAGAGCAUCCCUGGAUUCAAUGCAAUAUUGAUCACCCAAUAAGUCUUGAUGGCUGUCGAUACACACUAAAUCAGUCCCGAUGAAUUGAAAAAGACCAUUGAAAAUCUCCAUCAAUAAGGACUUUCAGUUCUAAUGGAUAUAGAUCAUCAACUUAUAGCAAAGCAUCUAAAAAGUUGGGAUGGAAGCGAAUACCAAUAUCAUAGAGAAGGCACAGAACAAUUGGAUUAUGGAAAAUGGGAAGUGUUGAGACUGCUACUCUCGAAUCUGUCCUUCUGGAUCUCAGAGUAUUAGAUUGAUGGAUUCAAGUUUUCAAAUAUUGAUAUAACCGAUGACAUCGAUAUUGCUGUCUAUUUGAUGUUGGCUAAUGAUUUGAUACAUGACAUCUUGCCAAAUGGAAUCAGUAUCAUUCAAAAUUUUGAUUACCCUGCCUUAUGUAGAACCAUUAAGGAGGGUGGAUUAGGAUUUGAUUUCAAACUCUCCUAAUUGCAAUCAAAGUAAUACUUGCCAAAAACAUUAUUCAACAUUAAUGAGGAUGCAACUCAAUCUCAAUAACUAAAUGCCUUGCUCUUAGGAUAAGUAAGCAUCGAUAUACAUUAUUUAGGGAGUGAUUUCAGAUAUUAGAGAUUGCCAUUUGUUAUAGGUGGAGUCCUAACUUGGGUGGCUAGAAAAUGAAUUUGCUGAAGUGAAUGACAUUGAUUUUGUAAUUGAAGUCAAGAGAUCAAAAUACACAUUUUUAUUCAAUUCUACCGAUUAAGUAUAAUCCCAAUCUCAAUUUUAUAGAAUAGAACAAUUAAAUUGAAUUACAAAAUUAACAAAGUCCUAAAUAAUGAAGGAUAAUAAUGGGUGCAAGUAGAUGAAAAUUGUACAGAAAUAUCAAUUCAAUCAGGAUAGGCAUUGAUCAUUGAAUGAUUCCCUUAAAACUAUCUGAAUUUACAAAAUGU